AGAUUUAACAGAAGGAAAAUAAGAUAUGAUGCUUUCUGUUUAAUGCACUUCUGAAAUAAAACCUGGCUGAAACAAAAUGGAAGGCUCACAGGAACAAGAGGACGACAGCUUUACGAACGUUUCCUUGGCUGAUGACUCAGAACACAUCUCUGAAGUACAGGAUUCAAGAGUGGAGAAGAUUCGUUCAAUCAUGAUGAAUGCAGAUAUGGAUGCUGUUGAAGCUGAAAAUCAAGUGGAAUUGGAAGAAAAAACACGACUUAUUAAUCAGGUUUUGGAACUGCAACAUACACUUGAAGAUCUGUCUGCCAGAGUUGAUGCUGUUAAAGAAGAGAACCUGAAACUGAAAUCAGAAAAUCAAGUUCUUGGACAAUAUAUAGAAAAUCUUAUGUCUGCCUCUAGUGUUUUUCAGACUACUGACACCAAAAGCAAACGAAAGUAAGGCCUGGAUAACCAAAUUGUAACAUUAUAUUGCUGCUGCUUUUGUUUUGUUUUGAAUUGCAUAGGCUACAUGAGUUAAUACCCUAGUUUGUAGCAUCAAUGAGUAUUGAAAGAUUUAAUGGCAGUUCUAGACAGUUAAGAUCAUCACAAACAACUGGAUCGUGCAAGUAUGUUGUGUUAGCUUUUGGCAAUGUGCAAAGGUAGUAUAGAGGAAAGUACUUAUUUUACAUUUUGAAGACGAGUGCUUUUGAAAUUGAACUCUGCUUUUGUGUUAAGCAAAUAUGUCAUACACUGCCAGCUACUUUAAAUAUCUCUGUUUUUACUAUGGUACUAUUCACUAGCAAACUAAGAGUGUUCUGUAGAGUGAUGUGAAAAAUCUUGUUUGGAAUGAGCUAUUUGCAUGACUUUCCUUUGGCUCCAAAACAAAGGUUAAAAUACUUCUUUUUCUCUAUCCUAUGUCACAUCUGUGAACACAUACUUAUCUAUGCUGUUUCAUAUUCUAUCAGGAAAAAGGCAAAUAGUUUACCUUUUUAGCCAGUAUUUUAAAGCGACUUAAAAAUUUGGUACUGCAUCUUGAUCUUUUGCAAUAUUAUGAAAUCUGAAAACUUUGGAAUAGGUGAACUUCGGCUUUUAGAAAAAAAGCCUGGGAAGAUGUAUUGCUGAGGAAGCAACUCUCUGACCUUUACAGUGUUGCAGUCUUUAAGUAGUCUUUCCCCAUUUAUGGAAUAGCUAAUUGUCUACAAUAUUUAUUUACCAGUUGUAAUUGUCAUAAAUGCUAUAAAUUUAACAGAAUCAAUGUUUUAAAUAAUGUAGGCAGCUUACAGAAUUUUCACUAAAGAUGGGUGAUUUUUAAAAAAUUCUUGCAGUGGAUCCAGCAAACCAUGAGCAGAGCUCAUGGGACAUGAAUUUUCCACCUGUCCCUGCAGCCUCAUAUGCCCUCUGAAAAGUGAUUCUAAGGGUUCAGGGGUGGUGGUACCUGGGGUAAUGUAGCAUGUGACAUAGAAGACUUCAUUGGUAGUGGCAGUGGGAAUUGGUACUUUGUUUGAGUGGAAGUACCUGGUAACAUAAGGGCAGAUUUGGAUCAAAGUCCCCCCCCCUUUACAUCUUUCUCAUCAAUUUCUACUAUUAUUUAACUAGUUUGUUUUGCCUCUCAGGUUCAGAAUAGAGCUAGAAUUUUCAAAGCACAAGGCAUGUCUCUAAAGAAAUGCUGGCAGUUGCUAGAAGAUGUUAUAGUUCUGAUCUCAUCCGGUAAUGACCUCUCAUUUAGCAUAUGCCAGCAUAAAGGGGCUAGCAAGGGAAUUAGCUACUUGCAUGCGUGCACCCGUCUGUAAAUAGACCACUUGCUUAUAUUUAUAAUUCUGAUAUAGAUACUUGUUCUGGAUGGACAUUUCACAGUUUAGGAGGAUUAGAGGAGGAGGUAGAAGGCUGGACAAUGUAAGAUGAAAAAAUGUAGUUUGGCCUGUUUCUAGUGUUCUGAAACAUCUUCUUACAACUUUUCCCUUACUUCUCAGUUAAUUGAUAUGGGAUUUGACAUCUGACUUCAGCUACAGGUCACUUCUUUUGGGCAGGUUGGCAACUUUCUGACCUUGGGAUUAGAUGCCCGGCAGAAGUCAAUAAGAGGUCACCACAAAAUAGUAUUAAUCCUUCAGUAUUCAGUGUUUAUUGUAGCAUAAGAUAGUGGUGUCCUCAGAUUCUGGCCGCCAGUACUGAAAGUAAUUUAAUCCUUAUGUAGCUUGGUUUUAAAAAGCUACCAUUGGAGACAGGAGAAAACAGAUAAAACAAGCCCAUCAUCUUCUAAUGAAUAAAAGCUUUCCUGACAACUUGGUAAUCUAAAUAGUAUAGUAAAACAUUCUUAAACUAGGCAGGAACUCAGGCAUCCAGGGAAUUGCAUGAAGCCAACCAGUGAGACUUUGGGAGGACCAUAAUAUACCCCAAAGUUCCCUGUAGAUGUAUAUGCAGGGGUAUGUUGGUUAAAUUGGGUAAGCUGUAUUUUAGGAAGGCUUGUCAACAUCUGAUCUCACUGAGCCCCUUCCACCCCUGCCCCUUGCUGGUUUACUAGAAUAGUUUAAAAAUCUGUUUCUACUAUAUGGAAAAUUCAUCUGGUGGUAUAUGCAUGCCACCGAUAGGCAUUGCGGUGGUGGUGGAGAGUGCCCUCAAGUCAGGGUUGACUUAUGGUGACCACUGGUGGGGUUUUCAUGGCAAGAGACUAACAGAGGUGGUUUGCCAUUGCCUGCCUCUGCAGCCUUGGUCUUUGUUGGAGGUCUCCCAUCCAAUUAUUAACCAAGGCUGACCCUGCUUAGCUUCUGAGGUCUGAUGAGAUCAGGCUUACCUGGGCUAUUCAGAGUGGGGAAGGCAUUGUAGUAAUCUGCACAAAUUCUUCUAGUGAUGGACAGAUUUUGGAAGCGAGGGAUGGAUGUGUUAGAAAUCUAAGCAAUUAUGAGCUUUGCCUGGCUAAACUUCACUUCCAAUUCCAGCAUUGUUACUAAUGGCUUAGCACCAGCCCUCUGCCAAUUUUCUUCCUUUCCCAAAUGGCAAAGGUGGGGGGGGGGGGGGAGAAGUGCAGCCAAGUGUGGUGUUAAAUAAUUCCUGUAGUUUCUCACUCUCUGCAAUGAAGACUUCUGAGCAUGCUUUGAGCCUUCAUUAUCAGUGUGCCUGUGUAUGUAUUGAAAGAGCCAGCAUUGUCUAGUGGAUAGGGUGUUGACUAGGACCUGGGAAACUUGAGCCCAGAUCCCUACUCUGCCAUCGAAGCUUGAUGGGUGACCUUGGGCCAGUCACACACAUGCAGCCUGAGCUAUCUCACAGGGUUGUUGUGAAGAUAAAGUGGAGGAGCAAACAGCAAUGUUCUAAGUUCCUUUGGGGUCCUUGUUGGGGAGAAAAGAGUAUAAAAUACCUAAAUAAUUUAGGAAGGGGUUAUUCAUUGCUUACCUUCACUGAAGAAAGUGUGGAAUUGACACAAAAAAGCUCUUUAUUUUCUCCCAGCCUGCCCGUUAUUUGCUUCACAUCUUGUGAAAUUUGGGAAAAGGAGAAGAGAGUUGCUGGCUGAAGGGCCAUCUCCUGUAACCAAGUGAUUAUACAGGGGCUUGUCUUAGAAGAACUCUUUGAAAAAGUGUGAAUACUCUCCCAUUUUCUCCAAGGGCUGGAGCAGACCUAGCCUGAUGAGUGGGCCAUCAAUAAUCCUUGCUAGUUCCAGUGGCAGUUAUGGAUUAGUAAGGGGCAGUGCUCAUGGAACAGACCAUGCAAGUGAUAGAUGGGCAGAACCCUGCCAACUUUGGAUGAGGCAAACUGUUUCCCCUAGUACUAGUUCAACACUAAAUCAUGAAACUCAGAGUGGGGACAUGCCCUCUAGGUAUGACUAGGUAGCUUGCUAAUGUUCUACUCUACUUUGGUAUACUAGAUAUAGUUAUGUUGUAAAAAGAUCCUUGAAUCCCACUAUUGUGGCCUUUUUUUGUUUAACUACCAAGUGUGCUGUAUUCCAGAACUUAUAUUCAAUAAAAACAUUUAUCUAA